GCCAUUUACAUUAACGCUUUCCCUUUCGACCAAUUAAAGUUUCUCUCGAAGUGAACACGUGUGUGUAGCGUGUAUUUACUAUAUACUUCUUGAGUCACGUACACAUGUAAAUCGAUAGCGACAAGGUUUAGGUUAGGAAGAUGGCGAAACUGAGACGCGCGGUUUGGGGUCUUUCGUCCAAUUUUGCGUCUAAUCGGUACUUUUCUCGUUUAUUAACUGCACCAUGGUGCAAUAUCCACACGACUUUGUCACUUAAUGGAUUCUCCUCGAAUACUGCCGUUGCCACCGAUAAUGCAUUGAUUAUCAGCGAUAGUUGCGUGAAACGUCUCAAAGAAAUAGCAAACGAAAACGCAUGUUUGAGAGUUACCGUAGAAGGUGGAGGCUGUUCCGGAUUUCAAUAUAAAUUUGAUUUGGAUUCAAACAUACACGAAGACGAUAAAAUAUUUCAGAAGGAUGGUGCUAAGGUGAUUAUAGAUUCGACGUCUUUAGAAUAUAUAAAAGGGGCAACUGUAGAAUAUCACACAGAGUUAAUACGUUCUGCGUUUAGGAUAAUCAAUAAUCCUUUAGCGGAACAGGGAUGUAGUUGCGGUGCUAGUUUUUCCAUUAAAAUGAAUUAAUUUUCUUACGUAUUAUUUUGUAGCUAGAUAUCGAUAGGGAUCUACCUUAUAUGUAUAAUACUUAUAAAUCUCUGCAAUUUCAA